UAAACAUAACCAGCUAGUGUAUUGUAAGUCACAGACAGGUUCACACAUAUUUAUACAUUUUGUGCCAGUGACAUUAGUGAUUAUUUUUAUUUAACUUAAAUUUUUAACUGCGACUGAUCCACACACAAACUGGAUAACUAAUAAAUUAGAUGCAGUAUGAUUUCUUGGAAUGUCAUCGUUUUCCUCGUAUUCGCACUGGUCGAAAGCAGCUACCAAAUACAAGUCGGUGACAGAUGUGUGGACAACUACACGCAGACCAUCGGCAAGUGUACCCCAGCUGAAUCCUGCGACUCAGCCAGAAAAGCUUAUCAUGAAAAUGGCGUCCGUCCGACCCUCUGCCUGUACAGCCCAUUUGGGACAACCCUCGUCUGUUGCAAGGAUGGCAUCCCCGCCUUCAAUGUUGUCAGUCAGUUCAAUAAUGUUCCCCGUCCCCAGGAAGACAGUCCCCGCCCCCAGGAUGACAGUCCUCGGCCCCAGUAUGACAGUCCCCGCCCCCAGGAUGACAGUCCCCGUCCCCAGGAUGUCAGUCCUAACCCCCCCGUGAUCACUCCCAGUGUCGAGAAUAGAUUUAGUACGAUUCCUACAGACACUAGAAGAGUGAGCGAGAAAAAAUGCGACGAGUACAGUAAAGCUGUCGUGGAGAAGGUGGAAUUCCUCCCUCUCCUGCCGAACCCUGAGAGGUUAUCUAUCACCAGCGCCAAGUGUGACUACAUCGGAGUCAAACUUAUAGUGGGGGGUGAAAAGGCUUCGCAGGGAGAGUUCCCACACAUGGCAGCGAUUGGCUGGACGAACUUCGAAGGUAGUUACGACUUCAAAUGCGGAGGUGCACUGAUCAGCAACAAGUUUGUGGUGACUGCGGGUCAUUGCAUCAGGGAUCCGUCAGCGAGGUAUCCUGAGCCUGCUGUGGUCAGGCUCGGCGAUCAGAAUAUAGAUGACUCUGUUGCUGAUGGCGCUGAUCCGAUUACUGUUCCGAUCAAACAAAUCACAAAGCAUCCGAACUACAAGCCACCUGGCAAGUACAAUGACAUCGCUCUACUCCUGAUAACCGAAGUGACCUUCACCUCCAACAUCAGACCUGCCUGUCUGUGGAACAGGCCAGACUUCGCACCGCACAAGUCGGCUAUAGCUACGGGAUGGGGAGUGAUUGACCCAGACACACGCCAGACAUCAAACGAGCUACAGAAGGUGUCGCUAACGCUGUUCGAGAACGACGACUGUGACAAUCUGCUAGCGAACAUCCGCAAUCGGCUUUGGAGGGGCUUUAUGUACACACAGAUGUGCGCGGGGGAGCUUAGAGGGGGAAAGGAUACGUGUCAGGGUGACUCAGGAUCUCCCCUCCAAGUGCCGUCAAAAGAGAACCAGUGCAUCUUUAACAUCGUGGGCUUGACGUCGUUUGGUGCCAAGUGUGCUAAGACGGGCCAACCGGCAGUCUACACUAGGGUGUACAGCUAUCUGGACUGGAUCGAGAGUGUGGUGUGGCCAGGGGAAUAAUUUUAGGGGAUUUUGUAAGAUGCGAGUUAGUUAGGUCUGUUUUAAAGGGGCUUAGUGUGAUUUUACAUCGAACGUAUUCGAUAUUAUAAGAUUUUAAAUUUUCGCGUUCCAUUUCAAUUAAAAUAGUAAGUCACGGGUCUUAACGCGACGUUUGUUAAUGAGUUACAUUAUGUACUCACGGCUUGACGUUUCGGCUGCGAUGUUGCAGCCGUGGUCACAAGCAAACUGGCGGCUCGCGGCGUCGUCCAUCAUCGCAGCCGAAACGUCAAGCCGUGAGUAAAUAAUGUAACUCAUUAAUAAACGUCGCGUUAAGACCCGUGUCUUACUAUUUUAAUUAGUAUUCGAUAUUGACUGCGUAAAAAAAUUACAUUAAAUGCAUGAUGGAUUCCUAAUGCACUCGACUUCAAAUACAUUUAUUUGAUGUAACCUUGCACUACGCCCCCUGAACCAAGUCCAAAACAUUGUAAUUUGUAUUGCACAAAUUACUUAAAAUCCCGAUAAUUUACUCUUUUUUAAUUCAAACAAAAAAAACACAAUUUCAAGCUUACUCGUAGAAUGAUGUUUUUGAUUAGUCGAAUUUAAAUAGAAAAGAAGAAAAAAGGAAAAACAAUAACAUAUGACCGGGCUUUAGUUUUGCGAAACUAAAGCCCGGUCUCCGAGCACGUAGAAUUUUGUCCAAUGGCCCCAAGCUACCCAUCCUUAUCGCUCGCGCGUAAUUAUGUUGCUAUCGCGCUCGCACACUCACUGCGGGUGCCAGUUGCACAGUCGCGACAGCAAUAUAAUUAGGCGCGAGCGAUAAGGAUGGGUAGCUUGGGAUCAUUGGACAAAAUUCUACGUGCUCGGCGACCAGACUAUAACAACUUCACAAGAGAGCACUAACUCAGCACAAUUUAAGCCAAUUAAAAGAUAGAUUUAAGACUGAACUUAAGUUGCUUCGUGCAUUGUUUUGUAAUACACACUCUAAGUUAAGAAACUGUUUAAAAUACCAAAAAAAAAACUCAAAGGGGUAGCCCUAUGCCAGUGCUGACUGCUGUCUAUGAAAUGUCAAGAAAGUAUAGUUGUUGCAAUUCACGAAGGCGAGUGAGCUUUACAUGUGUGGUGGCUCGCUACUGUUAGUUUUUCGAGUUUUGACAGACAUUACACUAUCGUUAUGUGCAUGUACACUUUUGACAGAUAUUACACUAUCGUUAUGUGCAUGUACACGUACACACAUAAAUAAAGUUCACUCGCCAUCGUGGGCUAGUAGUAGUUUUGCACAAAAUUCGUUCGCACGAAUGAGCGAAACGUCCCCUUUCAAUAAUAUUUUUUUUUAGUAGGCGUUCCGCCUUGAUGUAUUAAAAGUAUUAAAAUCGCGUGCGAAUUGAUCCUUCGAGAACUAGUAAUCUCAUACUACUAGUUCUCGAAAGAGUCGAUUCGCACGCGAUAUUAAUACAUACGGACGGAACGCCUCCUAAAAAAAUAUUAUUUUUGAAAGGGGGCCUUUCGCUCAUUCGUGCGAAACCACUACUAACCCGCCAGCAUCGUGAGUUGCAAAAACUAUAAACUAAAUAAUUAAAAACAUAUUUACUGGACAAUGUGGGUAUUAAAAAUGCAAUUAUAAAGUAGAACUUAAAUAAAAUAAAAUAAACUAAAAUUAAGAUCAAUAAAUAAUAAGAGAUUUUCACCAA